CCCCUGGUAGCCUCCCGGGCACGGGACCCCCGACUCCAAGGCGUCUUUGCUGGACCGCGAUGUGGCGGCUGCUUGCGCUCCUGGUCUUCGCCGCGGCCCGGACCUCGGCGGCUGCAGAAUCACACUGGUGCUAUGAGAUUCAAGCCGAAGCUCCCAAUCAGCUCUGCUUGGGGCCAAGUAACUGGACUGGAAGUUGCCAGAAGAACCGCCAGUCCCCCAUCGACAUUGUUACCAGCAAGGCGAAGGAAGACCAAACCCUGGGACACUUCAUCUUCUCUGGCUACGAUAAGAAGGAAAAAAGGAACGUGAGCAACAAUGGACACUCAGUGGAGGUGACCCUGAAGAAUGACAAUAUUGAAAUUUCUGGAGGAGGACUGCCUACCGGGUACCAGGCCACGCAGUUGCACCUGCACUGGUCCAGUGAGAUGAAUGCAGGCUCGGAGCACAGCAUUGAUGGGAAGCGUUUUGCCAUGGAGAUGCACAUCGUACAUAAUAAGAAAGUGACGGGGACAUCCAAGAGUGCAAAAGAGGCCCAGAACACUGGGGAUGACAUCGCGGUGUUGGCCUUCCUGGUGAAGGAAGGACCUAAGGAGAAUGAAGGCUUCUGGCCGCUGGUGGAGGCACUGGCUCAUAUCCCCAAACCUGGCAUGGACACUGAAAUGAGAGAGUUCAGCCUAUGGGAUAUGCUCCCCAAGGAGGAGAAAUUGAGGCACUACUUCCGCUACCAGGGCUCACUCACCACACCAAACUGUGAUGAGACGGUUGUUUGGACUGUGUUCCAGGAGUCCAUUGAGCUCCGCAGAGACCAGAUCCUGGUGUUCUCCCAGAAGCUGUGGUACGACGCGGAACAGAGAGUAAAUAUGACAGACAACGUCCGGCCCGUGCAGAGACUUGGGGACCGCACAGUGUUCAAGUCGCAGGCCCCAGGACAGCUGCUGCCCCUGCCUCUGCCUACCUUGCUGGUCCCCACACUCACCUACCUGGCGGCUGGCUUUCUCCGGUGACCGCUCACUCCUGCACAUGGGACCUCUGGCCUCAGCCCUAGAGGCUUGGGCUUCCUCCCGCUCCUUAGGUGUCCCAGGUUGGACUUUAGGCAUGAUUAAAAUAUGUGUGUAUUUUUGGAGAAA